GUGAAUAGAAUUGUCAUAUUAAGGGCAGAGAGAAGAAAGAGGCGAGUGAGGUUGGAAUGGCGUCUGAGAAGAGAAAGAGAAAAGCGAACAGUGACGUGAGUAAGAAGAGGAAGAAGAAGGAGGAGGCGGCGGAGGAAGCCGAAGAGAAGUCAGAGGAACGAUCGUCGGAGGCUCUGCGUCUCCUUCAGUCGGCGAUGGGUCUUCAGCUUUCAUCGCUGGAGUUGGAGUCCCUCAGACAAGACUGCGUUCUGGAGGUACCCAAUCACUCAGAUGUCCAAAUAUUGGGGAAAACUGUUAAGGCAGUGUUUGGCUCCUCGUGGAGGGAGCAUCUCUGCGAAGGGAGUGUUGUAGAGGGAAAAGUUAAUGCCGGAAGCCCCGCCGUUCUCAUCAUAUCUUCGUCUGCCCUUAGAUGCAUACACCUCCUCAGGGGCUUUCGCUCUUUCACUAAACAAUGCCACGCUGCGAAGCUAUUCGCAAAGCACUUGAAGCUUCAGGAACAGAUUUCUUUGUUAAAGAACCGUGUUAACAUUGCUGGGGGUACUCCAAGCAGGAUAAAGAAGCUAAUUGACGCUGAGGCGUUAGACCUUUCAAGGUUGCAAGUACUGGUGCUAGAUUUGCAUCCUGAUGUAAAGGGGUAUUCAUUGUUGACCCUUCCACAAGUCAGGGAUGAAUUCCUGGAGGUGUUCAAGAACUAUUUUUAUGAAGCGAUGAUCCAGGGUGGUCUUCGUAUUUGUCUCUAUGGUGUAAAGGACAAACAUAAACAAGGGCAUACAGUUCCUGAUACAUAACAUCUCAUGUUUUGAUUUAGGCAUGUAGUUUAUUAUUAUUUUUUUUUAUAAUUCCGUUUAUCUUCAAAUGACGGACGUAUUUGUUAUCAACGGAAUACCGUUGCCUUUAACGCACCUUUCAAUCAUGUUAAUGUAAUUUUAGGAAAAUUUACCAUUGUCGAGGAAAUAUUUAACCGUAAUUUCUCUCUGAAACUACCUGAAUGACCGAUUUGAAUUUUAUUAUGUAAAUGGGUAAGUUUUGCUUGGAAAACAUGAUUGAAAGGUGCUUUAACCAUGGGAGAGUGACAAUUUUGUUGUAAGUGGGGUUGACACAUAAAAAACACAUUUUUAAGUUACUAAGAAGGUGCUUUAUUUGUGUGGAU